AUGAAAAGAGGGAAUAAAUGCACAAAGAGUAGUUCAUAUCGGCAUCAGUACUCAACAAGUAGCGAUAGUGACAGCGAUAGCCAUGGAAGACGAACACGUAGCAGAAGUCGGGAUCAACAUAGUAGCAGAAGCGGAAGUAAAGAUCGAUUUGAUAAUCGAGCCAGGAGCGGGGAUCAUUCGCAAGGUAAGCGAAGCAGAAAUAGUCAUCGACGCCAUGCCAGGAGCAGUACUCGCGAUGGAAUAUCUAUCAGGAGCCCAUCAAACUGGACCAAGUCUUCCACUAGAGAUAAUAAACAACGAGUCCGAGAAAACAGUCAAGCUUACCAACGGCAAAGUCGCAAUCGAAGUCGAAGCACAAGCAAUGAAAGUCACAGCAGAACUGUCACAAGAAGUAAGGAAGACAGUCGAAGAAACAAACAUGGACGAUCAAAAAAGCGUCCGCAAGUCGAGGAAGAGAAAACGAAAGAGGCUGUAAAGGUUGUUUGUCGACUAUUUAACGCAAACUAUAAUUUCAAACUGUUGUUGAAUUACUUGGUGACAAAGAAACCAAUAAUUUACAAUUUCAGUUAUUACUGUUACAAACAUUUGUUCUUGAGACAAUUAAUUUUUUUUCAAAAGAAAAUCGAGACUGUGAAGUCGCGAAUGCGUUCUGUAAUUGAGUCUGCUCUGUCAAAAAUUAGUGAUAAUGAUGACAAUAGAGUAGUACUCGGAAAUCAACUGGAUUUAACUAUUACGGAAACGCUAGCACGACAUCGCGAUAUUGCUCGUAUUGAAGACGAAGGUUUUCAUCAGUCUACAUUUAUUUCUUCUGCUGGUGGAGCUGGCGGUCGAAUUAAAAAGGAGAAUGGAACAGAUGCUUCAGCAGUAAUAGUUAAAAAAGAAAAUGAACAUGAUGAAGCAAUGUUUGGACCAAAAUGGAAAGAUAUUGAGCGAAAAUAUGAUCAGGGAAAUAAAUUUUUGGGCACUGAUAUAAAACUAAAUAAGGAAAUUCCACUUGCUAAUGCUCGACUUUCUGAGGAUAUGGCUAUUCGCGAAGCACGGUGGUUGAAGAUUUAUCGUGAUAGACGGGCAAAACUGCUUUCUGUUUCACGUCGGCAUUCAAUUUCUGCUCCAAAUAAUCGUUGGCAAAAAUUUGAGGGAUUAAUUUUGGUGAGCAAUAAAGCAUUGAGUGAUUGUGGUGCUAAAGUUGAGUACAUGUUGAUCGUGACGUACGUUGGAUUAGUAAAGAGGGAAAAGAUAAAAGUUGCAUUGGCUGGAGAAAAAUUCUUCGUCAUUCAGUUACUUCUUUGCUCGGAAAUAUUCUUGAAAAUCAAGUGCGAAAAUUUUAUUGCAGCUAAUUCUUCUUCUAUUUUUUAG